AUACAAUCUACACAUUUUACAAAGCAUACAGACACAACUACGAGAGUGUACAUACUAGCAACUUUCACUGUAUACAUCCCGUUACAUAACUUUUAAGGUAUAUAAGCCAGAAAUGUACAUAGAAUACUGUCGAGAUCAAAAAGCAGCAGAUGUCGAGAACACAACAGACUAUCGUCUCAAUGCUGUUGCUGGCAAGUACCGACCCACUUGGCUUAUCCGAUCGUCCGAUUGGAAAACUGUUCCUGGCAAAGAAGCUGUAAAUGGCUACUGCGCACUCUCGUAUUGCUGGGAGCAAUCAGGCGAAAUAAUACGAGACGAAGAGAACGGGGACGAAUACAAAUGCAUUGACAAGGGUCGUCAUCGAAUCACCGAACUAGUGAAGCGUAGAAGGGGCAAAAGAAGAUAUCGCAGAAAGCCAGCAGUAGUGAAGCACGUUACAUUCGAAAAACUCCUGCAGAAGCUAUGCAAUGACUUUCAAAUCGAAUAUCUUUGGUACGACAAAGUAUGUAUCCCCCAGGAGGACAAACAAGCCAGACUGCGUGAAAUAAGGCAAAUGUAUCGUGUGUACGGUGAUGCAUGCUACACUGUAGCGCUAGUACCCGAAAUCAAGGCUCGACACGCCAAUGAUUUCAAACGAUAUGACCCAUUAUUUGGAAUCAAAGCUAGACACCUGGCUUUGGCCAUCAUGGUGUCCACCGCAUGGUGGAAGCGAAGCUGGACACUCGAAGAAGUACUGACAUCAAAACGGAUCUUGGUGGUCGGCACGAAUUUAAACUUUUGGCAACAUAGCCUCAAUAGUGAAAUUCCGACUACAAUCGACAAUCUAUCGCUUUGGAUGCUUGAUCUUGGCGGUCGACACGGCGAUAAAAGAAAAAGUGUCAACCAGGCUCUCAGGGAGGCGCAUUUUCGAACGAGCUCAAAGCAGCAUGACAAAAUCUUUGCCUUGGCCAACGUUUUUCCGGACAUGUUCAAUCAUAUGGAGAUCAGUUACAGUAUCGAGAAGAAAACCAUGUUCAACACAUUCUACCAAACUAUUGCGACAAAUGAUCUUUCGACGCUGUGUUUUGGCUCACCCUUGGAAAUCGAUGGUAGAAACAGUGUUCCAAGUGCCAUGGACGCUCAUAAUUUACCUUCAUGGACUGGUGUUCAUGGACUCCAUACAAUCGACAAUGUUGUCGUUGCUACAUCCUUGCAGUCACCGCAUCGUAUCACCGAUAGUAUGCAAUUGCAUAUAGUUUCCAAAUACUUGAAGAUCCCUGUCAUACAAUACGAGGUCCCCCGUACCAAUGAAGCCAGCUCAGAGCUUUUAUUGACUAUCGACAAAGUUUUAGCUCGUAGGAGGGCCGGACAAUCAGAUCAUUUAACCAACGCUGCGACGGACAACAACGACGCGCUUUUGAUGGAAACACGCGCAGAUAUGCUCCACCAUUCCUUCUGCAAUGCCACACAUUAUCAUCAAUGCCGACAAAUUACUGGUACACAGCGACCUAAACCACUUUCCUUGACUGAAAACUGCGAAGAAUGUAUCAUCUUGCCUAUUCUCUUUGGUUGCUCCGCUGCAGACCAUGAAUUACACGAUGCAAAGUUGCGCACUUAUACCCUAGGCCAGUAUCAGCACCAAUACUUGUUUCCUGUCUUCAAAAAGUGUCAAAGUACCGGAAGGUAUAGAGCAAUUGGCAUCUUUUUGGAAAACUACUCCCCAGUCGGCGAAAAAUUCGAUCCACAUGUAUACUUAGAUCAGUUUGUCAUAUCAUCAAUGUCUAACGACGUACAAGAGUUUGUCAUCGAAUAA